GCAGGUGUGUUUGGUGUUGAUGGAGUGAAGACAGUGAUAGAGGGAGAUUCUCUUACUCUACAGACUGAUUUUAUUGAAAUGCAGAAAGAUGGUCUAACAGAGUGGAAAGUUAAUAACACUAACAUCGCAACAAUCAAUAAAGGAACUGGUAAAGUUGAAUACAGUGAUGAUAAACUGAUGAUGAUGUUUAGCGGCAGACUUAAUCUGGAUCAAACUGGAUUUCUCACCAUCUGGAACAUCAGAAUCAAACACUCAGGUGAAUAUAAAGUAGAGAGCAUCAGCAGCGUAGGGACCAAAUCCAAGACGUUCAAAGUUAUUGUGAAAGAAUCUCCACUCAAAUCUGUUGAAGAUAAAGAUGAAAUAAAGGUAUUGUCAGCCACGAAGGGAAAUUCUGAGACUCUACACACUGAAAUUGAACUACAGAAACAUGAUCUAAUACUGUGGAGAUUUGGAGCUGAAGGAUCUCUCAUUGCUAAAGGCGAUACAGAAGACAAUCAUAUGUCAUACUAUGAUGAUGAUGAUGGGAGAUUCAGAGGCAGACUGGAGCUGGACAGUGAGACUGGAUCUCUGACCAUCACAGACCUCGAAACUGAGCAUACUGGAGAAUUUAGACUAAAGAUCAUCAGCGACAGAAGGAUCUUAUUCAAAAGAUUCACUGUUACUGUCUCUGAACCAGGUCUGUCUCCAGGUGCUGUAGCAGGAAUAUGUGUUGCUAUUCUACUGGUUGCUGCAGCAGCUGUAGCUGCUGGUGUUGUGAUUUAUUAUCGAAGCAAUCACUAUAAAGUAAAAAGACUAAUAUCGAAGUUCUCUGAACAACUAAAGCAAAUGACAAAGCUCUCUAAACAACUAGAGAAAAUGACCAAGACCAGUGAUAAAGAACUGGCCAAGAUCUCUGAAAAACUAAAGAAAAUGAGUAAGUAUUACAGCUGA